AACCCAGUAAAUUUAGAGAAACAUUCACCAGAUUGAAAAAUGGCAGGUUCUCAAGCUUUGCUGAUUACGGUUUUGGUGAUCGGAAUAGCAUUCCACUCCACCCUUCUGGUUGAUGCAACUAUCGCCAAAAGCAUGUAUUUCAAUUGGGGUGCUCACCAUUCUUCAAUUCUAGGCAAUGGUGAUGACCUCCGACUUGUUUUGGACCAAACUUCAGGAUCAGGCAUCCAAUCAAAGAGAGCAUUCCUGUUCGGAAGCAUUGAAAUGCUAAUCAAGUUGGUCCCAGGGAACUCGGCUGGAACCGUGACAGCAUAUUAUUUGUCUUCUACGGGUGCUAAACAUGAUGAAAUCGACUUUGAGUUCUUGGGGAACUCAACAGGAGAACCAUACACAAUCCACACAAACAUCUACACUCAAGGUCAAGGCAACAAAGAGCAACAGUUCAAAUUAUGGUUUGACCCAACUUCCGAUUAUCACAACUACACCAUUCAUUGGAAUCCUACACAAGUAGUAUGGUAUGUUGAUAGUGUGCCUAUUCGGGUGUUCAGAAACUAUGAGAGUCAAGGGGUUGCAUACCCAAAUCAACAGGGGAUGAGAGUUUACUCCAGUUUAUGGAAUGCUGAUAAUUGGGCGACUAGAGGUGGACUGGUCAAGAUUGACUGGACUUCUGCACCUUUUGUGGCUAAUUAUCGGAGGUUUAGGGCAAGAGCUUGUAAGUGGAAUGGACCUGUUAGUAUUAGUCUGUGUGCUAUUCCCACCCCAGGAAACUGGUGGAUGUCUCCUGUAUACAAGCAAUUGAGCAAUGAUCAACAGGGUCGACUCAAAUGGGUGAGAGACAACUACAUGGUCUAUAACUAUUGCACUGAUUUUAAGCGGUUUAAAGGCCAGAUCCCCACUGAAUGCUCUAAGCCACAAUUCUAACUAGAGGAAGAUUAAUUUCAAGUCUAUUAUUUCAAUAUUUUGAGAUUCUUUCAUUGCGUUAUGGUCAACUUUUUUCUUUUGUAUUCCUCAUAUGUUUGUUUCCAAAAACUGUACUUAUCAUAUUGAUGAAACUAUUAUUUAUUGUAUUUUUUUUAUUAGUGUUUAAGA